CGGCGGUGGCCCGGGCAAGGGCGUCGAGGUCGAGUUGGACGAGGUCGAGGCUGUGCACCGCGUCUACCCCGCCACCAUUCCGUUUUUGCGGCUAUUGGCGACGCUGAUCCACACGCCCAAACGCAUUCCGUUGCGCGAGAGGACGCUGGAUGUCGCCUAUGCUUCAGUCUCUGGAAGCAAAGCGCCGUUCGUCGCGUUCGUUGUCGACAACGUCUUUGCGAAUAUCCCACGCAGGGAAUAUGCCGUACCUGCUGACCGCUGGGAGAUCAACGACUUGUGUCUGACUUUUGUCGAGCGAUGUUUGGCCAGUUUCGAUGUGGAGAGUCUGACUCUAAACAGCACUGCGGAGAAUGUCCUGGCGCUGCUGAUGCAUCCCGGCUACGAUCUCCUCGCGCGGCUGCUCACUCCGAAUACAGCGUUCCACAAAUCCGUCAUGUCAUAUGUGCUUGAGGGUCUGCCUGGUUUCGACCGAGCGUUUGACGAGGAGGAGCCCUUUUUCGCAAGCACCAUCGUUCGGGUGAUGCGCAUUGUGCUGAGGGUGCUCGAAGCUCAGGAUGUAUUCCUGGACGUCCUGGUCCCCCUUAUCCAGCAACUCGAUCCAUCUACUCUCAGUGGCCAUGCUGUGCAUCCCAGAUCGCACUACACCCGACUCGACACAGCCAUCGGAUACACGGACAAUGUCGCCCCUGCGCUCGCUGCAUACGUCACCACGUUCCACAGCCACGUCGAACUGGCCCUGUUGUCCGUCAAAACACUGGCUAUUCUCGCCAAACCGCUGGGAGGCGGGGUCAUCGAGAGGAGCGACGAGUCGGAUCGGAUCAUGGCUGGCUACACUGCGAUUCUCGACAACACGGAAUCCGUCGAAGACCCUCUGGAAGCCGAAUCCACCGCAGACAAGUACACCGGUGCAGGAGCCGAGGAUCCAUCGCUCGCUCAUGAAGCGGCGCUCCAGCAAGCAACGCGGCUGGCGGUUCUGCAGCUGUUCGUGCGCAACACGGACAGUCGCGCGUCGUACCCAAAUCUCGCCCACUUCUUGCUGUUCGGAAGCCCCAACAAUAAAGAGGGCAUCCAGGACCCCCAUGCGCUGGGCUCGUCACGGACAUGCAUCCAUUCUCUGUUGGAUCUCGUCAACGAGGGUGUCCCUCGACUGAAUGCUGCCAACGACGAUGAACGAGACGACGACGGUAUAUCGGGGCCUCCGCUGUUCCAAUCCCUUCCCUCGCUGGCGGAACCAAUGUACCACGUGCUCUACCAGCUGUGUGUGCAUCCGCGCACGUCCGAGUUUGUCAUGCGGUACCUGCGGACCAGAGAAGGUUUCUUUGCGCGCCAAGUGGCAGGUGUUCCUUGUCUCGUCCCUUCCAUUGGCGACGAAGACGAAGACAACGAAGACGGCGACGAAUCUGGGACAAUUCAGGUCAUGUACACAGACGGAUCGCGCGUGCUGACCACGGUGCCGCAGUUGACGUCGUUUUUGCGGCUACGAAGCUGGAUAUUCGAUCUUGUGUCCACCGAGAUGCACGUGUUGUCCGGCAAAACGCGAUGGAAAGGCGUCGACGAUGUGCUGGGCGUGCUGUUCGGUGUCCAGAGCUCAUCCGCCGUCUUCGCCGAUCUCGCGCAAACGUCACUGCGACUGAUCGAGUUCGGCCUGAGCCUGUCGUUCGACUGGGCCGACUCCCUGAGCGUGCAGCCGCUCGAGCUGCGUUACCUCGUGUCGUUGCCCUUGAAUACGUGUGUGCGGCUCGACGCCGACGGGUGCGAGAUCGUGGACCGGAGCGCGCUACUUCUACUGCUGGCCGCUGCGCGCAGACAGCUGACGCAAAACCAGAUUCAGACAGAAAAGCAGCUGGCGGAGCUGCACGCGGAGAUCACGUACAUCCUCGAGUCCUGCGCGGUCGAGAACCACCGGCGGCAGGUGGCGCAUGCGCGAGUCGCUUCGUACGAUGCUUGGAAGCGGCUGCUGGAUGUCGUGCUCCUCAAGUGUUUCGACCGGGUCCCCGCGGACCGCCGGGAGCCGAUUCUGCUCGAGGUCCUCGGGACGCUGUUGAAACAAAUCGCCACAGUCGAUGACGAUCAGAGCAGUAUCUUGCUCAGCGAGGCAGUCGUGACGUGUGUGACGCGCCUGCGCGACGAACGGCGCGUGCAGGUUCUCCACGGCCGGCGGGGAAUGCCGGUGGACCGGCUGGCUGCGAUUCUGAAGACGAUCCUGGAGUGCGUGGCGGACAAUGUGGAGCUGGUGCGCGGCAACCUCUAUGCCGCAGCCGGGCUGGUUGUCGGUGACGGCGAGUUGGUGUCUCUUGGGGACUCCCUGUCGCAUGUAGAUCGCCUGGUCAGCACCAUCGCUCGCGACGCGAUCGACGGGUCGGAGAUCUGGCAGACUGUUGCGUUCAUGCUCCUCGACUCUCUGCUGCGGCUGACAUCACAUACGCCGAUCCUGACGCCUCUGUCCAAGUACGGUAUCCUCAGCAACUUUGUGCGCGGGCUGCGAGAUUCCGAUGGCCGGCUGGGCGAUAUAUUGAAGCCAGACCCGGAUGAUCUGAACGCACUGUAUGUCUAUGAAGCGAAGAUGAGCUUGUUCAUCCGGGUGGCGAUGACCAGGGCUGGGGCUGAGCGCUUGGUCGAGGCCGGGGUUGUAUCUGUUUUGGCUGGGUGUGACUAUGUCGACAAGCGGCCGGACGGGGAUGUCAGUUUCGUCGACGCGAGCACCUUCCUUCCUUCUGCGACGCACCGAUAUCAUCAACUGUUGCUCCCCGCACUCCAAUUGGUCUGCGCGAUCGUGGCCACUCUGGGAACAAAACACAGCACGGCCUCGAGCGAGGCGCGCGAGUUCCUUGCUGGCCACAGCGCGAGUGUAGUCAUUCUCCUCAAGUCUGACGAAUCCGAGCUCGACGGGCUUGCGGUCGUCGAGCAAAUGCGACUUCUUGUGUGGCUGUGCGCAGGGCUACUGCCUGGUGUCCCAAAAUCUGAGCUCCUCUCGCCGCAUUCUGGGUUCGGGGCAAUCCACGGAGCAAUCCUCAGUCUGGCUGCAAAGAGCCUCGGCGGGCGAUCGCUGCUGGCGGGUGUGACACCGCAGACGGACGCGGAACUGCUGGUCGUCUCCCAGUCGCCUUCGAAGUUCGACGCGCUGAAGCGCCAGAAAGAACGCGUUCUGCGGAGGAGCAUAGUGGAGUACCUGGGCUCAGCGAGCGAGUUCACCGAGGCUGAGAUUGUGCCGGUCCUGUCGCCUGUCGUGGUUGUGCCCAGGGGAGAUAAUCAAACCCGGUUCAUUGCAACGCUCCCCACCAUCGGUGAUGCCAUUUCGGCGCUCUCCUCUCUAGCAACGGACCUCGCUGCAGCCCUGCGCCAGAUCGCAGCGCUGUCCGCUGAGCUCAGCGCCCCCGAUCACGUGCGCAUCGACCACGACAUCCCCGGGUCCUCGGGGCUCGACAUUCCACAAAAACGGGCGCUCGUCUGUCGCGCGCUCGAGACCGAGCGCAAGAGCCGGGAGACGGACGCGGCUGUGCUCAACGGGACGGCGGAGAUGAUGCUGCUGAUGCUGUGGCGGCACAUCGCGCUGUUCGUGUCCCC